CACCAGAGAAGGAGUCCCGCACGCGACCCGAACGCCUCUUACACACACACAAACACACAAACUGUGAGCAAUUGUGAAUUCCAAGGAACAUUUCCUAAUACAGUUAUAGGGGGUAUAAAAACGUGUUCUCGUUAUUUUGGAGAUAUGGAUGUGUUAACGGUGGAAGAGUGGAGUAAAGGCCCGCGGGAGGUUGCAGCUCUGGGCGCGCGGCAACAGGAACGCGUCAGCGCCGGGGUGGCGGAGAGGGGAGGGACGCAUCAACUCGAGGUGUCCCGCUACGACCCGGGACAUACGCUCGUGGACGGCGGCAGUGAUCCACGCGCCUGGCUAACCGACGCUGCUGGCACCUGCGCGGCACACGCCACACCACCCGACUACCUGCGACACUCGCCCUGUCCGAGCACCGGCUCCUACCAGGAGAGUUGUUCCCCCGGGUCCUCGGGCCAUCCCAGCCCUCCCAUUCACAGAAGAUCUGCCAAGAGUCCCUCCUCUUCCUCGCUCAAAGUCAGGGACCUGUGCCGCCUCAAAGGCACCAUCACGGGCCCCGAUGAAGAGGCCCCCCUUAGGCAGAGAGCGCAGUCCAGCAAGCCCGUCAGCGGCGUCCAGCGGCAGAGGCGGGUGGCCGCCAAUGCACGUGAGAGGAGGCGCAUGCACGGGCUGAACCACGCGUUCGACGAACUGCGCAGCGUCAUCCCUGCCUUCGACAAUGAUAAGAAACUCUCCAAGUACGAAACUCUGCAGAUGGCGCAGAUUUACAUCAACGCGCUGGCCGAGUUGCUACAGGGUCCGGUGUCCAGCAGCAACGAAAACUCCGACGGUUCGCCAAAGCGUGACAUUUUGCUGUCAGCCGCAGAUGGCUUCGAAGGGGCAAAAGAAAGGGCUGCCCAGUCGCCGUCACUUACCUGCAGGACAGCGGUGGCUCUGCCCCUCUCUGGUGAUGCCAUACCCGUUCACAUCAACGGGAUGCCAUUCCGCUCCUCAUUCCAAGAGAACUCGUUCACCGGCAGAGUUGACGAAGCGAUGUGUUCCCCUUCUUCCUCGCCCUCACUUGUCGGGAACGAGAGGAAAGAGUCCCCGCGAAGCGACGGGGAGUUUUCCCCGCGCUCCCACUUCAGUGACUCGGAUGAAAUGGCAAUGGAGCUCCAGUCAAGUGAAGAAGAUGAUCUGUCGGAAAUCAAGCUGCCCAGCCACCGUCAUCCCACAGUGUCAUUCUAAAUAGUUUUUGAAUAAUGAUUAAAAAAAAGACUAAAUAAAAGUAGUUCACUGCAACAGAAUUGACCAAAUUCACUAAACCGUGUCAAUCCUACAGCCUUGUAACUUCAGAAGGAAAAUAUUUCUCCUUUGUUUUUCAUUUCGCAAUGAAACACAUUUUCUGUUUCUGUAAUAACUGUUGUUAGAAAGGCCUGAUUCGGUUCUGCCAACACACACACACACACUCCCACACACACGUUAUAUUUCAUAUUUCCUUAAAGACGUGGGUGGACGACCCCUCUGCCAUGUCGCGCUCAGCACCGCCAUGGGCAUUUCCCACGUCCAUCUGACCAAAACUCUGUCUUCCACAAGGCUUUAUUGACUGUUUGUUUCGUUCGUUUUGCUUACGUGAGAUUUAUAUGUAGAAAUUAUUUGAAAUUGUUCUUGAUUUUUCUUUGUUGUGUUUUUCAUUUGAAAAUUCGUUUGUAUUAUGUAUUUUAAUUUUUGCAACUUCUAAAGUUUAGAACAUGCACUUUAAAUAUUCGGGCCAGAGGCUCAAGAGUCGUCAGUACAGCGAUGUUUUGGUUUCCCUAAACUUCACAGAAUACAGUUUGUGCUUUGUUAGCUAGUGUAGUACUGCCAACCUCCCACAGAUGUAACCCAA